GCGCAUCUGGACCUGGCGUCUCCCUCCCCUCUCUGUCUCUGAGUGUCUCCCCCGUUGAAAGCCUGUACUUCUCGCCAAGGUGAAACAUUUUUGGCGUGCGUAAUUGGAACCGCAACGUGCCCAGAAGAUGACGGACUCCACACCGGCAGAAUCCACUGCCGUUUCGGACCCGGUUGUUGUGGAGAACGGGCAGUGCGAGAAGGAGGAAUCCCCGGAGCAGCAGCAGCCGCAGACAGACACUGAAAGUCGGGGAGAGGGUCUCAAGAUGGACCAGGAGAUGAAGAUAACAGACAGCUUGGACGACGGAGGUCUUCUGGAGAGCAGCAUGCGUCUGAAGCCUCAUGAAGCUCAGAGUUAUCGUAAGAAAGCUCUCUGGGUGUCCUGGGUCUCCAUCGUGAUCACACUCAUCCUGGCCGUCGUCUCUUUCACUGUGUCCAUCAUGCGCCACAGUGCUUCUGCUUUUGCAUUUGCUUUUGAUGCCUCCCUGGAUGUGUUGUCCUCUGCUAUAGUACUGUGGCGGUACAGCAACCCGUCAGCGGUCCACUCUGCACACCGCGAAUACCUAGCCUGCAUUAUCCUUGGAGUUGUUUUCAUCCUGUCCUCCCUGUGCAUUAUUGGUAAAGCCAUCCACGCAUUGGCCACCAAGGUGCUACCUGAAGUGGAUAGCUUCCUGUUCUCCGUGUCCAUCGUCAGCGGCUCGUUGUGCAUCAUCCUGGCUGUCAUCAAGUUUAUGCUCGGCAAAAAGCUCACGAGCCGGGCCCUCAUCACUGAUGGAUUCAACUCCCUCGUGGGGGGGGUGAUGGGGUUCUCCAUCCUCAUCAGUGCCGAAGUGUUCAAGCAUGAGCCCCAGGUGUGGUACCUGGACGCGACAAUAGGUGUCCUCAUAGGACUCAUCAUCCUCGCAUACGGAGUCAAGCUGCUGGUCGACAUGGUUCCCCGGGUCCGACAAACUAGGAACUACGAGCGCUUUGAGUGACGAAGAGGAGGGUUAGUAGGGGCUGAAGGACAGACUGACUGACAGACAUUCAGUCCUGGAGGUGCGUUCAGGCUACAGUGUCUGUACUCCAACCAUUCACACAUCUGAGCCCAGGAGGACGCUGCGGCACAUUUUAAGUGUUUUAAAAUUUGGUGUACAUCUAAUAUAUUUAUGUGUCUUUUAACAGCCGUCUGUUUUCCAACGCCUCGUGUUUAAACUAAGGGGUUAAAGAGCUCCUUAGCAGCAACACAUUUUUGUACAGAGUAAAUAAUGUUCAGUACCUCAGUAAGUCAACACAGCAGCUUAUUUUCCCCAUGGUUCCUAGAGGCCUUUGCUGUAAAUAUGAAAACGCGUGGCAGGUGAGAGAGAUGGAUGUAGCUGAUGUAGCACGGGAGGGUUCAUGCUGUCUCUUUUAUGACGAGAGAGAAGGUUAAAAAGCACAGAGGCUGAGCAACAUGUGAACCGAGACAGAGGCACUGUGUCAGAAACCCAGUGCCAGCGCCAGCUUUCAGUCCUGCAGGAUAACAAUCAUAAGAGGGUCAUGGCUUACAAUUCACUGAGGGAACAUAUCAGAAACUAGCUUAGUAGCUUCGUGUUGCAACCUCUUUUUAUUUAUUUGUGGUGACAAAGUACUUUUACAUUUAGCGCCAUCUACUGGGCAAAAGAGGUACCUGCCACACACAGGGAUACAUGUGAAUCUGCAUCUAGCCUAACAGCCUGAUUUGAGAGUAACUGCAUCAAUAAACGACUAAGGACGUCCUUAAAAUAGGGAAGUAAAGUAAAAUAAAAUAAAAAAAUCUCAUUUGUUGACUCCAACACAACCACAGUGCUAUAUUUCUCUCUUUGCCAAUUCAUGUUUUGCUUCUUCAUGCAAAAAUACCAAUUUUGCAGGAAGCUAUCUUUGGGUAACAGAUUUAGUUAAGCUUUUGCAGGAUUGAUCUGGAGAAACUUUACAGAUCUCUUGAUUCAAUUGAUUACUUUCUUUAUUUAAGGACUGUCCCAGUACGUUGUUGUUGUUGCAGUUUUCCACUUCCAGUUGUUUACUCUCGUUAAGCUCAAUACAAUAAUUAAUGUUUGAAGAGUCCAGCUGUCACAUCAGGUGGUUUGUGACAAACAGAGGCUUGUCUUCACAUGUUGGGUCUACUCCGUUUUUUAAAUUGGUUUGUCCGCUUUCAAUAAUUUGGUUUGUUUGUGCGAUUAAGUUAAUAAUAAUAUAGGCAACCAUCACGCAGAGUCUCAGUGCUUUCAUAGAUAUUUGCAUUUUUAUGCUACAUAUAUUUAUGUAUUGUGUCUUUAAGUUAAUUAUUUAGAAGGUCCUAAAUGUAAUUUGGAGUCUUCUCGUCUUUAUUCCUGAUGGACUGUGACAGAAACGUAUCUAUGACAAGCUGACAUUGUGCAGGUCGUAAUUCAUUUCAAUACAUUUGACACAGCUGUGAAUUACUCAAUCUUUAAAUUCAAGAUGAUACUGUGAAGGAUUCCACUUUCCAGCUACUUCACUCGCUCCGAUUGGAUCUUAUUGAUGAGAAGAAGCUUGUUUUGAAGUUUGCGCUGAAUUAGACGUCUGUUAAACUGUACUUUUUGUAUUCUGUUCUAUAUGAUAAAUGAUACUACUGAUAGCAUGGACUCAUACUGCAGCGAUGGUUUUAGACAACAGUCUUUAUCUGGCGUCAAGAGUAGAAACAUGUCCUCUUAUCUGGAGCUGCUGUUUGUUGGGGAUUUAAAAGGGAUUUUGCUGAUUAAAGUACAUUGACUUGUGGAGUAAUCGCAAUACAUUGGAUUAAUGUUGUGGAUAACUUUGUAAUAGUGUGUAAAGGAUUAAAUCCCAGCGUGAAUCUGUAUUAAAGCAAACCACUUUAGAGUUUACUGAAGCACAGUGGCUAAUCUACUCCCAGGCAUUAUUGAGUAAAGUGACCAUCAUGUAAAAACCCCUGACUCACUAACCGUGUUUGUUCCUGUGUGAAUCCAGAGCCUUAAUGUUACUGCUCAGUGUUUGCUGACUGUUGAACAUGAAUGUAAUUAUCCGCUGUUUUGAUUGUCAUGAACGGGAGUGUGUUUCUGCAGUGGCUGUAACUGAAUGUACACGCUGUGAGCAUAAUAUGUUCAGCCAAUUACUGUGUACACUUAACGGUAUAACAUGUAACAUUAAAAUGUCUACAAUCAACUAAAA